GACGCCGAGUACGCUUCGCCAACAAGCAUGGAGCAGUUCAUGUCCGACAACCGCGAGAUGGUCCAGCAGCAGGAUAUCUGUAGGAACCUCGACGUGAAGUGUCAAGAGAAGCAGCCACCAGCAUGGAGUCAUGUGAUGCAAGGAGUUGUGUUCGAAUUGGGCGGUGGAGUUCUUGAUGAUAAGUUUAAGCCCACAGAGGCGGCCACCAUCGCUGGCAAGUUGCACUUCUUUGCGCAGUCUUUGUUCGGGAAGGCCGGUGCAGCACCAAUCGGCCCUUUCUACCAGCAUGCAGCUGCUGAUUGGACACGCAGAAAUCAGAAGGAGUGGAAGCUGAGCGUGGGGUUGAAGUCGGCCAUCGCCUUCUUGAGACACGGACCAGCUCUCUUCGAGAUCAAGGAUGCGGAUACUGCGCCAGCCUGGGGGAAUCCCAACCCACCAGCUUUCCUCAACGGCCGGCGAUUUGUGGCAGGGGUCCGUGACAAGGUCUUGUACGCUUCCGGGUUCGUUCCAGGCAUUUUGCUAGCCGCCGUGCAUACAUUUACAUGUUGCAUGGAGAUCGUCGUGCAGAUUCUCCCCUUGUAUGUGCUUGUCGGGAUCCCAGACAAGUGCUGCAUCAUGUUCGUUUAUAGCGAGCCUGCGUGUCAUGCACUGGGAAAAGGGUACGGCAGCGAUGAGCAGGUGAACAAGUUUGUGAAGACAGUGUGGUUGUGCAUUGAAUCGCAUGGCUUGAUUCCGCAAUGGCAGAGAGUUUCUAGCACUGCAAAUGUUAGCGAAGAUGUAAGUCGUGGGGAAUUCCGAGAAGCAGAGCGCCGUGGCUGGCAGAGAAGCCGUGCCGAUUGGGACCAGAUCUUCGCGACGAUUCUGCAGACCAGCAUGGAAGGGCCUUUUUGA